UCAGGUCACCUCUGCUGUUUCAAUCGAGCCCCCGGGCCCCCCCCCCGUGGGUGAGGAACCCCCCUCCUGCUGUGGAACCUCUCUGGAGCUGGUCAUUUCGAUCCCCACAACCAGGAUGCCGAAUCUGGAGGAGAACGUUGAGGCAGAACUGGGCCGCCUGGUGGUACGACAGCAGCAGCUGAGAGACCGCCGGAACUUGCUGAUCAUGCUGGAGGAUUUCAGGAGCAACGGCCCCCUGAUGCGGAAGGGCUCUGAUGCAGAUAAGACCAGCGAGCUGGAGAAGAUCGAGCAGGAGAUGAAGGAGCUGGAGGAGAAAGAGGAGCAGCUGCAGGGGCAGGGCCAGAAGACCAAGAAGGAGGAAGAUAUCCAAAAUGUCAUCAACAUGGGAGGUGUGGCCGUCUUCCCCGCCUCCAUCAAUGCCGUCGUUGCCCCUCCGCCACCCGGUCCAGCUCCACAGAUCAUUCUGGACGUGGAAAACCUGCCCCCUGCACCAUCCAACACCAUGUGCCCAUCGUGCCAUCAGUACAUCGUCACGGAGACGGCCACCAGGGUAGGCAGCACAGCCUGGCUGGUCUGCGUCAUGACUGUCUUGUUUGGAUGUGUGUUGGGCUGCUGUCUCCUCCCGUUCUGCACAAACUGCUUCAAAGAUAUUGUGCACAAGUGUCCCAAGUGCCGGUCUCAGAUUCACGUCUGCAAGAAGCUGUGAGCCCUCCCCCUAACCCCAAUGCUGUCCCCCCUCCCUUAAAUGGCGGGUGAGCAGAAGUACAGUUUGAACGAUGGAAGAACUUUGGUCCUUCACCGGGUUGUGUCUGGAUGGUGGACAAUGAGACUUCCAGGGGUGUUAGGGACUAAACUGCUCACGGAAGAGUUAAGGAUCGGGAUGCAACACGACCAGGAAGUCUGAGUCAUCGCGACUUUUCCCAUCCAGCAGUGAGCGGAAUUCCCCACGGACAGCAGGGGGCACUAUCCUGUCCCCUCGAUGCGUCUCGCUGAAGAGUGUGAGCCCAUUCUUUGUAAAUGCUUGACAGGGAAGUGUCUGUAUGAAUUUGUUUAUCUAAAAUAA